AUGGCUUCAAUUAUUCCUAUAGAUGAAAGGAGGUUGCAUAUUAAAGAACUUCAAAACGCCAAAAAUUUUGAAGAGUUGAUGAAUUUUUGGGGCCAUGAGAUAGAAGAACACGCAAUAAAAACACAUGAUAAUUAUAUAUUAGGGGCUCAGCGUAUAUCAAAUGAUAAAAAAUUGUCUAAUGAUAAUUCCUUUCAAAGAAUCAAUGGUGACGAUGAUUUAACUUCUAAUGAGUCAAGCAUUGAAGACAUUUUUAAACAGUUCAAUGUACCUUUAUCUAAUGUAACAUAUAAUGAACAAGAUGAUGAUAUUUUACCAGCAACUACUACCAAAUCAUCCCCAAUUAGUAGUGAUAAUAGUACAAAGGGUCAUGUUAAACCCGUAGUAUUAUUAUGGCAUGGACUUAUGACUUGUAGUGAGAUUUGGGUAUGUAAUACUGAAUAUGAAAAUAGAUUAGCUUGUUUAUUGGCUGAUGCCGGAUAUGAUGUUUGGUUUGGUAAUUCACGAGGAAAUAAAUAUUCAAUGAAACAUGUUAAAUAUCCAAAUGAUAAUAAUUUUUGGAAUUAUUCUAUGGACGAAUUGAUUUAUUAUGAUUUGCCAGACACAAUUAAUUAUAUUUUAAAAGUUACUGGUGCAAAGUCACUCACUUAUAUAGGAUUUUCACAAGGUUCAGCACUAUGUUUUGCUACAUUGUCAUUAUUACCAGAUAUAAAUAAAAAAAUUAAUUUGUUUAUAGCUUUAGCACCUGCAACCAAUCCAAAAGAUUUACAAAAUUUCUUGUUAAAUAGUUUGGUUAAAUUAUCACCAAAUAUAAUAUAUUUAUUGUUUGGUAAAAAAUCUAUAUUAUCAAUGGUAAUGUUCUGGCAAAAAGUUUUACCAACUUCAAUAUUUAUAAAGAUAAUUGAUAUAGCACUUAAAUUAUUAUUUGGUUGGGAUUGUGAAAACAUUUCAGAAUUACAAAAAUCAAUUGGAUAUUUUCAUUUAUUCAGUUGUGCCAGUGUUAAAAGUUUAGUGCAUUGGUUACAAAUAAUACAUCAUGGAAAAUUUCGGAAGUUUGAAGACCCUUUCACAGUAACUUCAUUAAGCUCUAUUGAUCAAGAUUUUCCAUUAAAUCAAAUUUCUACACCUUUAGCAUUAUUUUAUGGUGGCAGAGAUAAUUUAAUAAAUAUAGAAUUUUUGAUGAAUAAGUUGAAUAACAACCAACAAGGAAAAGAUAGUGUGAUAGUUAGUGUUAAUAAAAUAGAAAAUUAUGAACAUUUAGAUUUUCUUUGGGCAAAAGAUGUAAAUCAAAUAUUUCCUGAAAUUUUUAAUUUAUUAAAGAAAUAUAAUUCACCUGUCUAG